AUGGCUGAUUCCUCAAAGGAAGAGGGUUCUGUACCCGAUAUUACUGGUGCUAGUGCUGCUGGUACUUCUACCACCAGUAGUGCUAGUGCUGCCAGUGCUGGUACUCCUUCCAGUAAACAAGGAUAUCCUCAGCAUCACAACCAAACUACUCAAUACGGCAACAACUAUGGCUCAUAUAGUGGAGGAUCUGGUCACUACUAUAAUAAGAACAGUAGCUCUGGAAAUAACACCAACGGUGGUGCCUCUAAUACCAACCCAUAUACUAAUAAGGGAAAGCAUUACACUUCUAAUAGACAAGGUGGUGGUUAUAAUGGAGGGUCUAACCAAAAUACUGGAAAUACCUCCCUAAACUCGUCAACUUCCGGUAAUUCUAAUGGUGGUAACAAUGCUAAUGCUCCAACCAACAAUGCUUCUGGUUCUGGUUCUGGUCCUAACCAGAAUCAAAAUAGACCUCAUUUCAAUAAUAGAAAGAAUUACCAAUCAAAGCAUCACCAUCAUCAGCAACAAAACAACCAACAGUACAAUGGAGGCAAUGUCUAUAACCAAUAUCCUGUUUAUCCUACCAAUUUACCAUAUUAUUAUUAUGGAGUACCAAUGUACCCCUCUGGUCAGCCACAAUAUCCAGUUAUGGCUGCAGCUUUGGCUGCCCAGCAACAACAAGCUCCUGUGACAAGUCCUAACAAUAUUUCUCAGGCUCCUUCAGGUUCAACUGCUGCUGGCAACUCACCCAUGUUGGCCAAUGCUACUACCAACACUGGAAGUAAGAUCAAAAUCACAGAUAAGGAAGGUAAAUCUAUAGAUUUUGAUGAAAAGAAAAAGCUUUCGUCAUCAUCUACUCCUCAAAAUUCUCCUAUUCCUUCAAAACCACUGUUUGUCCCUACUCCAGUGGUAGAUUCAACUUCGGUUCCAGUUUCUACUCCUUUGGCUGAGCCGGCAGCUGCCACUCCAGCUAAAACUGCUCCAGCUAAGACUGCUGAACUUAAUAGUGUUGCAGAACAAUUCAAGAGAAUGGUUAUGGCCAAAGCUGCAGAAAAGAAGGCCGCGGAGCAGAAGGCUGCUGAUUCAAAACCAAAAGUCGCAUCUGAACAACCUAAAGUAGAAAAGGAUGAGCCAAAGGAACAACCAAAGGAAGAACCAAAGGAACAACCAAAGGAAGAACCAAAGGAACAACCAAAGGAAGAACCAAAGGAACAACCAAAGGAAGAACCCAAGGAAGAACCAAAGGUAGAACCAAAGGAAGAACCAAAGGAAGAAACUAAGCAAGAGCCAAAGGAAGAACCAAAGGAAGAACCAAAGGAAGAACCAAAGGAAGAACCAAAGGAAGAACCAAAGGAAGAACCAAAGGAAGAACCAGAACAAGAGUCCAAACAAGUUCCAGUUGAAGAAACAAAGGAGAUUUCAAUUGAAGAAUCGAAGGAAGAAUCAACUGAAGAAUCCAAGGAAGACACAACUGCUGUUGUCCAAGAAACCCCCGCAUCUGAGAUUAUUGCUUCUGAAGAGACUACUAAUACUCCUACUACUACUACUGAAGAGAAGUCUGAAGAGACCCCUGAUGUUGUUAAGAGAGUGCAAAUAUCUGAGGAGCAACCACAAGUGGCUGAAUCAGUAGAUGAAGUUGAAUCUGAAACCCGUGGUACUGCUGAAGGUGAAACUGAAGAGUCUACUUCAUCAUUCAAUACCACAGACUUUCUCAAUAGAGUUCAAAACAUAGCCCAAUUUAUUGAAGACCCCGUUUCUAUGUCAUACCCUGAAGGGUUCCAAGCCGUUGAUAAGAAUCGUCAAUUGGCUUCCAAGAAGUACCGUUAUGAUCCUCAAUUUUUAAUGCAAUUUAAGGGUGUUGUAACUUAUGACGUUGAUGCCGAAUGGAAGGCCAAGUUAGACCUGUUGGGUAUUAAGAAAGCUGGACCUUCUACUGGUGGUGGUAGACCUAUGAAUAAAGGAGGUAAUCUUGGUGGAGGUAGAUUCAAUUCGUUAGGACGUGGAGGUCAAUUUAAUGAAAGCAGACAAAACUCUCGUAGUGGAUCUAAGAAGAGAGGACCUGGCAAUGGACUGUCAAGAGACAAAUCUCGUAGAGGUGGAAACCACAGUAGAAGAAGAGAUAGAGAAUCUAGAGGAGAUGAAGAAGAAGCUAAACCAGUGGAAGAAGUCAAACCAUUGGAAAAGCUGGCCAAUAGAUGGGUCCCCCGUUCUAGAGCCAAGAAGGAAGAAACAAAGACUCAUCCAGAUGGAUCUGAGAUUCUUGAACCUGAGGAUAUUGAACGUAAGGUGAAAUCUUUAUUGAAUAAGUUAACGUUGGAAAUGUUUGAACCUAUUUCUUCUGAUAUUUUGAAGAUCACUGAACAAUCUAAAUGGGAAGAAGAUGCUAAGACUUUGAAAUUGGUUAUUCAAUUAACCUUUGCUAAAGCCUGUGAUGAACCUUAUUGGUCAUCAAUGUAUGCACAAUUGUGUGCACGCAUGGUUAAAGAAACACCAGAUGAAAUCAAAGAUACUACUAAUAUUGUUAAACAAACUGGUGAACCCGCUAAAGGUGGUGAUUUAACUAGAAGAAUAUUACUUGCAACUUGUCAAACUGAAUAUGAAAAGGGCUGGGUUGAUAAGUUACCUACUAAUGCUGAUGGUUCACCAUUAGAACCGGAGAUGAUGUCUGAAGAAUAUUAUCAAAUGGCCACUGCCAAAAGAAGAGGUCUUGGUUUGGUUAAAUUCAUUGGUCACUUAUUCAUUUUAGGGAUGUUGAAUGAUCGAGUGAUUGUUGGAUGUUUGAAAGAUCAAUCAUCCAAUAUUUUAGAUCCGCUGGAAGAUACAUUAGAAAAUUUGGCACAAUUAUUACAAACUGUUGGUAAGAGAUUAGAUGGUAUAAACUCCCAAAUCUUGGAGAUUGUAUUCAACAAUAUUAAAUUGAUUUUGGAGAAUGUUAAAUUGUCCUCAAGAAUCAAAUUUAUGUUGAUGGAUUUACAAGAUUUAAGAUCAGCUAGAUGGAUAUCCAAGAAGGAUGAUGCAGGACCCAAGACCAUUCAAGAGAUUCAUGACGAAGCUGAACGGAAGAAACUAGAAGAUGAAAAGGUAUCGAUGGAAAGAAGAAGAAAGAGGCAUAAUGACCCCAGAGGUAACUCUUCAAGAGGUGGAUCAUCUUGGGGAUCUGGAAACAACAAUAGCAACAACAACAAUAACAACUAUAACAACAACAGUAUGAAACGUAGUGAUUCAAAAGUUCCAUUGAAGGGAAGUGGAGACUUUAUAACUGUCCCCACUUCCAAAUCACAAUCUUCUCGUGGUUCGCCUGCUGUUGAUUUACAAAGAGAAGCUUCCAAGAGAACUGAUUCCGUGGCAUCAAAUAUGUUUGCUGCUUUAGGAGAUCAUCAUGAUGAAUCUGACUCUGAAGAAGAAGUUGCUCCAGCCAAUGAUGCAUAA